CAUGGUUAAAGGUUAACUUUUGAGGCCUUUGCUCUUCUUUGCGCUUGCUGGUGUCACAAACUCACAAACGAAAACAUAAUAUUAAUAAAUAAGUCACAGACGGGUUGCGCAGCGGCAUAAAAUCAUAAGUUGUAGUUGUAGCAUUCCGUUUUCAUUUUUGCCCUUUAGCCAUGGAGCACUACAUAGAAAAAGUAAAAUCAUAUCUUCCAAAGGACGAGAAGGAAAUAGAAUGGUGGAUCAAGUUCCGCAAUCCAAAAGUCAUCUUGAAAAAUCAUGAAUCUUUCCUCUACUGUGAGAUUGUCUUCUAUGUGAUUGGUUUCCUCACGUUUUGCCAUGCCAUGCGUAGUGGUGGCAGGUUUCGGUGGAUGUGGUUUGCCACUAUUGCCCAUGGCCUUACAGUGGAGUGUGUCAGCUACUAUGUCCCUGACAUUGACAGUUUUUGGCAUGCACAGUCCAUGGUGAUGUUACUUGGUCAAAGACUACCACUACAUAUUCUUCUUGUCUAUCCUGCUUUCAUAUACACAGCCUGUGUUGCAGUUUCUCAUCUGAACCUCCGUUGGUGGGCCGAACCUUUUGCUGUGGGCUUGACAGUGGUUCUGGUGGAUGUGCCUUUUGAUAUCAUGGGCAUCAAACUGCUGUGGUGGACCUGGCAUGACGAUGAUCCCAACAUCUACGACCGCCACUACUGGGUGCCCUGGACCUCUUACUACUUCCAUGCUGCAUUUGCUUCCUCCUUUACCUUUCUCUUCUUUGGACAACGCAGUCUUCUGUGUCGGUCUGGUCUCAAGUACCAGAGUUCAGGCUUUUUCUGUGAGCUCCCAAUGCUGAUUGUGACUGGCCUGUUUUCCAUGGUUCUGGGUACUGUCCAGUUCAUCCCGAUCUAUCACCCUCUCCACGACUCCUUGGGCAUCCAUUCAGAGGUCUGCGUCCUCAUGCUGCUGGUGACUUAUGCCCUCAUUGUGUGGAGUGCUGAUCGAUACCCAUUUGAAUCAGCAAGGAUCUCUGGCACAAAACUACUCAGCCUCAUCCCUCUUGCCGUCCUGAUUCACUAUGCCUUUUACAUCUACCUGGUAUUUACGGCCAAGCCAAAUACCAUUCGAUCCAUUGGUUACCACCAGCCAGUAGGGCCAUGUGAUGAACCUGUCAAAGUGUUAACGCCUUUUGGACAUGUGCUACAAAAGAACAAAUAUCUGUGCCUCGAGCGUUUCUAUGAGGACUACUUUGACCUGAAAUGUGUCAAGAAGAGGCCCGCCGACAAAACAGAGUGGUACACAGUGUGUGGCACGGGAUACGAGAACCAUGCGGAGUAUGUGGUGGUCGUCUGUGCAUUCUGUGCCCUGGGCCUGUACUGGUUCUGGCAGUUGCUCUAUCGCUCCGGCUCCCAGCCCAGGACAAAGUCUGCGCGGGCCAAACAGCACAGAGAUUAGAUACUGGGGGCCUUUGUGGAUCACUCUAUUGCAGUGUUAUGAGCAUCUGAUUUUUUGUCUCAUUUUAUUAAGGGUCUUGAAGUUGGGGUAGGGGG